GGACUGGGCGGCGGAUGACGCGAGAAAUCUCGUUUUUCGAGUUUCCACCUUUUUGAUGAUGAAGACGUAAUCCGAAUCAGAAGGAGACACUGGCAUUUUUUAUUCUCACCGGGACACACAAUGAGGAGGAACCUCGUGGAUAUUUUCUACAUUUCCUUACUAAUAUUUAUAUCUGGUUUGGUUUUUUGCACAGAUGCUUCGGUUAUCAAUCGAAGAUUACGUCGAGACACAGAAGCGCCCAUUGCGCGUGGUUUCAAUCGAGAAAUUCGGCGAAAACCGCCUGCAAUUCUUCAAUUAAUCGGUCCGUUGGCAUUUGGAAGAAAAGAUGGAGACGAUGCAAAAAUGCACGUGCCAAUGUUAGGCCAAUUUGGCGUUGGAGAUGUUAGUCAAAUGACCGCAAAGUUUACUCCGGAAGGAUCUCAAGGUCAAAAAGCGAAUGGAGGAACAUUUGAUAUUGAUGAUGAAAAGGGACCUCAGUUAGGAUAUAUGGAUCGAGAGACAACCAUGGGAGAAAGAUCGGGCAGCACUGGAAAAAUGUCUUUUGGAGGUCUAGGAAACAUUGAGAUGGGAAAUAUAAACGAGCAAGGAACUGGGCUUCUAGACUUUUCAAAAUCUCUUUUCCCGUUUCUACAACUUCCUGCUCUCAAAAACGAAACCGAAAACGUGAAAGAAGAACAUACACAAGUUGAUCAAACUUAUACCGACUAUUACUAUCCGAAACCCAGAUCUUACUUGGGAUCUUCUUACGAUAUUAAUCGCCCUCAAGUAGGCGCAGCAGAGUCAUUAGUGUCGCUUGGAAAAAACCGAGAGGACAUUGAGUUCCCGAAGCUAGUAACUCAAGAGCCACCGAAGAAGUACAGUAACCCAUUUGACAGUGUUCAAAUUCGUCCGAGAAUUCACGCGGCUGUUACGAAGACAGUAGAUGAUAAAGAUUUAAAUUCAAAGGAAGGAUUUAUUGCUCAAAACGGAAAGCAAGUGGACCCGGAUGAAGAUACAGCGCCGCUUUUGACUGCUGAGCACAAAGUGUCGCAAGUGACAACUAGAAAGUCUAUCCAUGAAGUUGGUCUGUCCGUUAAAGAAAUUUACGCACUUUGUGCAAAAUUUGCACCAAUGGCAAAUCAGCAUUGCUACAAAAGUAAAGUCGAAGAACAAUUCAUUGAAAGAUGCAGAGGAUAUCAAAAAGAUUGCGUUGAAUUUAUAGCAAAAGCUCGCCCACUUGGAGCAAUUGCCAAUUCUUUCUCUUCUGGAGUUGGUCUUACGUACUACGACUGGAAUGUCAACGGAAUCCCGUACUACCCUGUAAACGAGGAAGGUUCCAUUGGAAACGGCCAUCAUGGAAAAGUAGAUUUUGGAACGUGGGGAGGAGGAUAUUCUGAUAAUCUUGGUGUAAGAGAUUUCUGGUCUCAAACCCAAGAAUAUGGAGCUAACUGGUACGAAGGCCAGUAUGGAUACAAAACUGGAUGGAGUAUUCCAAUUGUGCAGGGAAUUGGAGUUGAAGGAGGUCAAGGAACGCAAGUCUCAGUGCCAAUCAAAGAAGGAGAGCUCGGAAGACCGAUUUCAGUGACUAAUGGGUACCACGUCGGGCCAUUUAUGGGAUUAGCAGAUAGAGUUGGAGUUGAUUGGCUCAACGGGGGAGUCUCGUGGAAUAAGGGUUUCGCUGUCCCAUUCGUUGGAGUUGGUGUGAAUACCGGAACAGCUGUUGGGUUCCCUAGUGUCGGAAUGAUAAUGAACAGGAUGGGUAUGGACGGAGUAGAAACUCUGAAUAACAUGGCAAGAGCAGCGGCUGCCCAGACGGCACAAGUGGCAGAACAUAGAUCUACCUCCAUUGACAUUGGAAAUCUGUAUCAAUAAUCUAUCUUUAAUCAUUGAAUUUCUGGAAUCUCGUGCAAUGUUUUCAACUAAUAAUUAUUGUAAAUAAAGUUUAUAAUAUUAAAAUC